GGUGUAUUGUGUCUAAUUAGCAUCAGUUGCAUUUUCUCUGUUACUACCACUCCUGUACCUGGCAUCAUGCAAAUGGUCAGACUGACAGUGGUUGCAUUGCUGGCUGCAGCUUGCUGUACAAUAACAGAUGGAGCAAUCAGCAUCACGUGUGAAGGCCAUGAUGCUUUCUUGCAAUGUGAUGGAGGUAAGAUUCAAAUCAAGCGUGCCAACUAUGGUCGUCGUAAACACGAUGUGUGUUCCAUUGGGCGCCCCGAUAACCAACUCACCGACACCAACUGCCUCAGCCAAUCCUCCACCAGCAAGAUGGCAGAAAGGUGCGAUGGAAAGAGCCAGUGUGUUGUCCCGGCAUCCAAUUUGGUUUUUGGGGACCCCUGUGUUGGGACUUACAAGUACCUGGACACCAAAUACUCCUGUGUCCAACAGCACAAAACAAUAAGCAGCAUCGUAUGUGAAGGCUCUGAUUCCCAACUACUAUGUGAUCGGGGUGAGAUCCAUAUUCAGCGUGCCAACUAUGGUCGUCGUCAACACGAUGUGUGUUCCAUUGGGCGCCCACAGGAACAACUCAAAAACACCAACUGCCUCAGCCAAUCCAGCACCAGCACAAUGGCAGAAAGGUGUGACGGAGAGCGCCAGUGUAUUGUCGAGGUAUCCAACUCCGUGUUCGGCGACCCCUGUGUUGGAACUUAUAAGUACUUGGAUGUGGCUUACACCUGUGACUUACCAGGUGUAUUGUGUCUAAUUAGCAUCAGUUGCAUUUUCUCUGUUACUACCACUCCUGUACCUGGCAUCAUGCAAAUGGUCAGACUGACAGUGGUUGCAUUGCUGGCUGCAGCUUGCUGUACAAUAACAGAUGGAGCAAUCAGCAUCACGUGUGAAGGCCAUGAUGCUUUCUUGCAAUGUGAUGGAGGUAAGAUUCAAAUCAAGCGUGCCAACUAUGGUCGUCGUAAACACGAUGUGUGUUCCAUUGGGCGCCCCGAUAACCAACUCACCGACACCAACUGCCUCAGCCAAUCCUCCACCAGCAAGAUGGCAGAAAGGUGCGAUGGAAAGAGCCAGUGUGUUGUCCCGGCAUCCAAUUUGGUUUUUGGGGACCCCUGUGUUGGGACUUACAAGUACCUGGACACCAAAUACUCCUGUGUCCAACAGCACAAAACAAUAAGCAGCAUCGUAUGUGAAGGCUCUGAUUCCCAACUACUAUGUGAUCGGGGUGAGAUCCAUAUUCAGCGUGCCAACUAUGGUCGUCGUCAACACGAUGUGUGUUCCAUUGGGCGCCCACAGGAACAACUCAAAAACACCAACUGCCUCAGCCAAUCCAGCACCAGCACAAUGGCAGAAAGGUGUGACGGAGAGCGCCAGUGUAUUGUCGAGGUAUCCAACUCCGUGUUCGGCGACCCCUGUGUUGGAACUUAUAAGUACUUGGAUGUGGCUUACACCUGUGACUGAAUGAUAUCUUCCUGUGGAACAUGAAGAUGUACAAGGCUUCUGGGAUAUCUUCAUCAGGUCGUGCUGUUUUCCUCCAACUUCAAUGACCAUUGUAAACCUGUGUAUUUUGUGUUGAAGCAUUUCUGAACUGUGGUUGGUCUGAAUUAAAUGAAGUGUCAGAAAGA